AUGCGUUUCGCCAUUCUUAUCAGUUUUGCUGCUAUGGCCAUGGCUGCCACAGUAGGUGAGUUUGAGCAACCCCAAGUCGUCCGCUACAAGGCUAGAAGACUAAACCAACCCGGAGCAGACCAAAGUCCUGAGCCCACUGCAGAAGUCCAGGAUAACAUUUCUGAAAUCGAGGGCCCAGUCGAGAUAAGCGCAUGCUACUGGGAAGGUAGUGCGCCUUUCUGCGAGGGUCGUUGCAAGCCUGGUUGGCGCCAGAUUGGCAGAGAUAAGUGCGGGGAUGGCAAGUGCUGUUGGAGGGGUACCAAGGCUCACUGCUGCAAAGACUAG